AUGGUUCGUCGAAUCGUAUUCUCGUCCCUACUCUUGCUGCUGCAUUUUCCCACUUUGCAGGCACAAGUCGACAUGGAUGAUGCCUUGGACGGUGGUGGCGGGUUCGAUGAUGAUGCUGAUCUGGAAGCCCGCUGCAUGGGGACGGAUUGGGUCACGGCUGAUGCCUCCUGCGAAUAUCCUACCUGGGUAGUGGACGGAGAAUGCGAUCAGCCCGUGUGCGCCGAUUGUUUCGACUGCGAUCCGUGUCGCGAAUACAGCUACACCAGCUGCGAUGAUUGCACCGCGGAAGGAUGCUUUUGGUGUCCCGGUGAUGCUUUGUGUUCCAGCCAGACGCCCGAUCAAACAUACUUUGAUCUAUACAACAAGAUUACUUCCUGUCCCGCACAAACGGAUUGGCAAAACACCUGCUCCACCAGCCAGAACCAGUCCGAUACCAAUGUAUUCAAUGAUCCACUGUAUGAUGCUUGGAAACAAAUCUAUCAACUUGUCAAUGUGGAGGAAGUGUGGAAACGAGGGAUCACUGGAGCUGGAAUUCAUGUUCGUGUCAACGACGAUGGAGUGGACGCAACCCACGCAGAAUUCGCCGAACGCUUUGAUGUGACCAACUCGUGUGAUAGAUACCUUCCAGAAGAUGUCGACCCGUUGGAUGGAAAACCAGAUGAACAUGGCACGACCUGUGCCAGUAUCAUUGGCGCUCAAGCCGACAACAAUCAAUGUGCUUCAGGCAUUGCUCCUGGAGUCACAAUCUCUUCCUGCGUUUUAGAUAGUGACAUUUCGGAUGAGAAUGAAGCUGAUUUAAUCCUUACCAAAAUGGAUGUGGUGGAUAUUUCAUCCAACAGCUAUGGACCUAACAGCUAUUGUGCCAAUGGAAAUCUCAUGGCAGAAGCUUGCGAAACAGCAAUUAUCGAUUAUUGCUCGGUCCACUACGAGUUGGAUAACCUUGCCUGUGCUGAGUACCUUGACCUGUACACGGAUUGUGAAUAUCAUGUCUUGCCCCCGGAAUUAGACACUGCCUACACUGAAGCUGUGCUCAAUGGUCGCAAUGGUCUCGGAACCAUCAUUGUGUUUGCGGCGGGAAAUGAACAAACUGUUGGGGCAGAUGUCAAUGGCAUUGGAUAUCACAACAGCCGACUUACAAUAACCGUUGGUGCUACCGGGAAACGAGGUAUUCACACUUCCUACUCCAACACUGGCGCCGCCGUGCUGGUUACCGCACCAGGCGGUGACGAGGAGUACAUCACGAACACCGUUGUGGCCAAGCCAGAUGGGGGGUGCCUCGACUCUGGAGAAGGAACCAGUUAUGCCGGCCCUCUCGUAGCUGGUGUGGUCGCUUUGAUGUUAGAAGCAAGCAACAACACACUGGGAUGGCGGGAUGUUCAAGCAGUCUUGGUCUCCACUUCACAGAAGAUGGAAGAAGAUUCGGAAGAUUGGACAGCGAAUGGGGCAGGGUACAACCACUCGUAUGCCUAUGGGUAUGGUGUUGUCGACGCAGCAGCUGCUGUAAAUGCUUCCAUGGAUUGGGUGAACUUUGGCCCAGAGGAACAAAUCUUGGUGCAGUCAGAAAUACUGGACGUUCCCAUUGUCGACGAUUCUUCAGAAAGUGUCACGUCCACCCUAACCGUGCCCAGCAACCCUGAUUUUGUCACCGAGUCGGUUGUCAUCUACUUGGACGUUUUUCAUCAAAAGCGUGGUGACUUGUUGGUGGAACUAGUGAGCCCCUCUGGCACUGUUUCCGUUUUGCAUCCAGGACAACGCCCUGAAUCCACAGAGCUAGAAAGUGAUGAAAGAUGGAAACUCAUGACGGUGAGGAACUACUUUGAGAAUCCUUCGGGGGAAUGGAAGCUUACGAUCACAGACAUAGAAGCGGGUCCUGGCGACACAGGGGACGACGGGGAUCUUUUGCGGAGUUGGAGAAUGGUGGUGUACGGGCAUUUAGUGUAA